AGUGUCGAUUGUUCUUUUUCAGAUUUAGAAAACUCCGUUAUCGUAGGAAAGAGCAAAAAUCAUUUGAGAAGCUUAAGGAGUUGGCUAGCCCCUGUAGCACGAAGCGUGAAUUCUCUCUGGAAGCGCUGUUGGCGUGCAUCCGUGGACGGCUGGGCUGCAAGUACAUUUCACUCCCGAUGUGACAGCAAGGGCCCGACUGUGACAAUAAUAAGGGUCGGGAGAUAUAUUUUUGGGGGAUACACAAGUAUUUCAUGGGGUAAGUGAGCAUUCAUCAUAAGCCAUGGCGGUGACAUUUAUACCUUUGGCGUAAUUGGCAUUGAUAUGUUCAGCUAAAAGUGCAGCUUGGUACUUAGCAAUAUGGAAUCAUGUGACUGUACCUUUCAUACAUGGUUACGCAGUGGCGGACAAAGGUUCUAGGUUAAUAGCUCUAGAUGUGGGCCCAUAUCCCCUCGUUCCUCAAGGGGCGAGGGCCGCCCCUCCUACACUCACAUGGUGUGAAUAAACGCCCCACCCCUUUUCUAGAGUUCUGGUUCUGCAGAUGGUAAGUGAUGCAUUUCUAGCUUGUCAAAACGUGCCCAAAUUCCAGGCCAACACUAUCGAAUUAUAAUAAUUUUGAGGUUCUAAUUGAGGACCGCCCCUCCUACAAUCACAUGGUGUAGAUGAGCGCCAUCCCCCACCCUUCUUCUCAAGUUCUGGUUUUGCAGAUGAUAAGUGAUGCAUUUCUAGCCUGUCAAAACGUGUUUAAAUUCCAGGCUACUACUAUUAUAAUAAUUUGAGGUUGUAAAAUAUCGAUAUUGUUCGGACUUUCUUGCUACCCUGCUAUCUUCCAUCCCUCAGUUCCCAUAUUGCAAAAGUAGCGACUAACGAACUUCGCCACAGGUUUUUGGUGAAAUUCGCAAAUUUUGGCAAAGAAAAAACAUUCUCUUUUGACAUGUCCACGUACGUGAUACACCAAGACGAAGGUUCAUUUCACCGAUCAAACUUUCGUAAUUUUGCCUGAGCGAAAUGUCACGAAGAGGAUUCUUCUUCGAACGAACUUGAUAGACUGAAAUCGGUGACUGAAAUACAUAAUGUUUUAUACCUUUUCAAGGAUAAAGUCUCCUAAAACUCCUAUUAUCUGUUUCCUUCAUUGUGUUCUUAAUACAGCACCCUUAAAAUCAAAGGAAGUCUUAAUUUACCAAUAAAAGUGUAUUGCGACAUGCACCAGUUCAUGCAAAAAAGACGCUUCUAGCUUCGGCAAGUGGUAAAAACUACAAAAACGGAUAAAUUUGGAGAUUUUCUCCGUAAAGUUAUAAAAGAACAUAUCUUAUUAAUUACUAAUUUUUUUCCCGAUCUAUUGCUUGCAAUUGCAAAUCUUUUAAAAUUAACAUCUCCCAGAGGCCGACACCUCAGCUUCGGUGAGCUUGCAGCCACAUAAAACUCUCUCCUGAGCGGACGAACCACUUUUGCCAUGAGUAUAACUGUAUCUUUUACCAAAAUACCUGCUCGUAAAUAAUAAUGCAAUAAAAAAUAUUCAUACUGAUAAUAAUGAUGAUGAUGAUAAUAAUAACAGUAAUAUAACAAUAAUUAUAAUAAUAAUAUUGAUAAUGAUAAUGAUAAUAAUAAAGAAGACAUAGAAACUGAUUUCGUUUUUGAUAAAUGACGAACGUUACUGAGAAACUCGAUCGAAUUUGUUUUAUGAGAAUAAGGUAUUGACUGUUUUUAAUUAAUAAUAAUAAUAAUCAUCGUCAUCAUUAUGACAGGCACAAAGACAAUGUCGCUAACUUAUCUUAGAAAAGUUUCGUUUCAUUUCUUUUAGCUUCUGGUUCUGGCCGGUAUCAAUACGACUCAAAAUCCUUCUUAUUUUCGCUGGUAAACAAGCCAGGAUGGGCGCCUGUCAAAUUGUCUCAGUCAGGGCAAUCUAGUUCUAGCAAAGAUUCCAUAUACUUUUACUCAUCCUAUGGGCCUACAUUCGGAGGAGGACAUGACAUUAACAUCAAAAACUACGCGUCAUCUAAUAGCAAUUCUUACAGCAACCUUGGCUGGACUUACAGCCCACCGCGCGGAUACAGCUACACCAGCACCUUCGCACGAACAUUCCUGGCAGGAACUUACAAGUUCACAGCAGACGAAGUUGAAACCUUUUACGAAACAACCUAAUUAAUAUAAUGCGU